AAGGAACCACUGAUACUAAUCAGCUGGGAGACUUAUCUGCAUGAAGAUAACCACUGCAUUCAGAGUCAACACAUCUAACUGCCCACCCAGACUACACCACUUCUCCAUGUAACAGGAUCCUUUAUUCCCGGGUAGUUCAGUUUAUGAAAAAAAUGGACACAGAAAAUAAGAGCAGAGCAGAUCUUGCGCUCCCAAACCCACAAGAAUCCCCCAGCGUGCCUGACAUUGAGCUCUUGGAAGCAUCACCUUCUGCUAAAGCUCUGCCAGAGAAGCCAGCACCACCCCCACCACCACAGACAUGGCAGGCACUUUUGAAGAAAGAUUUGGAGUUCCUGGGGGUAACACAAAUUCUGGUUGGUGUGAUAUGCCUUUGUCUCGGGACAAUUGUCUGCUCAGCACUCCCCAUUUCCGACUUUGACGAUGAAGUCCUUCUGUCCUACAGAGCAGGCUAUCCAUUCUGGGGAGCAGGGCUGUUUGUUUUGUCUGGAUUUUUGACAGUUAGGUCCGAAAGGAAGAACACACUGUAUCUGGUGAGAGGAAGCCUGGGAGCAAACAUCGUGAGCAGCAUCACUGCAGCAGUAGGGGUCCUCCUCCUGACCCUCAAUCUGAGCCAGGACUUCACAUACAUGAACUACUGUACGGAUCUAAACGAGGACGACGGCUGCUUUGGGGCAUCUUUGGUCACGGAAACGGUGUUUAUGAUGCUGCUCCUCACCAUGCUGGCCUUUUGCAGCGCUGUGCUGUUCAUUAUCCAUAGGAUUGGAGAAAAAUUCAAAAGUAAAAAGGUCGCAGAUGAUCGUCUUUAUGAAGAACUAAAUAUUUAUUCACCGAUCUACACUGAGUUGGAAGACACAGGGAACAUGCCGUCCCCUGUCGGUUCGUAGGAAUCGGGGACCAGAACAAUCUGACUCACAGUAGAGUUCUGAAAGUCAAUCUUUAAAUGACUUUUACAAAAUUAUAGCAAAAUUAGUUUGUUCCACAUUCUGCCAGUUUUACAAUUAGAUUAUUCUCCUAUGCCAGUGUUUUAGUUACGCCGUUUCUGAUCUUCUGACUGUUCCUCUCUUUGUGAAUAUCAUCCACUCCAGCUUUCUUGUUUUGUGUUACAGUCUCACACACAUUCUUUCUGGAAGGUCAUCAAGGAAUAAGUUAGCUUUACUGUACAUCUACAAUGAUGAACAAAAGGAAAAAAGGAGGAAGUAGGCUGAGAAUUUAACUAAACUUAGAUAAUCAGGUAAUAUUUGUUCUUUGUUCUUUUUGGAAUUCUCAACAAUGAUAUACAUUGACCCAUAUCCAUCUAUCUAUAUGUGUAUUUUUAACAUGAUAUAUAAUUUCUAUAUGGAAAUAUUUUGCACCUCAGUGAUAAUGACUUUUUCUUUCUAUUAAUUAAUAUUUUUAGUUUCAUUUUAUUUUGCUCCCUUUUUACUCAUUUUACAUACCAACCACAGUUUCCUCCCAUCCCUUCCCUCCCUUCCCCACAACCCAUCCCCAAUCCACUCCACAGAAAGUGGAAGGCCUCUCAUGGGGAGUGAACAAAGCCUGGCCCAUAAAGUUGGGGCAUGACCAAGACCUUCCUUCUUAAUCAAGGCCAAGCAAGGCAUCCCACCAUAGGGAAUGGGCUCCAAAAAGCCAGCUCAUGCACCACGGAUAGAUCCUGGUCCCACCGCCAGGGACCCCUCAAACAGACCAAGCUUUGCAACUGUAGAGGACCUAGUUUGGUACCAUGUAAGUUCGUGAACUCCCAUCGACUCGGGUCAGUUGUCUCUGUGGUUUUCUCCAUUAUGAUCUUGACCACCCCCCCCCUUGCUCAUAUAAUCCC